AUGGCAUCCCUUGCAACAUUUGCAGCGGUACAGCCCACCACUGUAAAGGGCCUUGCCGGGAGCUCACUUGCUGGAACUAAGCUCCAUGUCAAGCCAUCUCGCCUUAGCUUCAAGCCCACAAACUACAGGGCUGGAGCAGUGGUGGCAAAGUAUGGAGACAAGAGUGUGUACUUUGACUUGGAGGAUUUGGGCAACACCACUGGCCAAUGGGACUUGUACGGAUCGGAUGCACCUUCACCAUACAACCCCCUCCAGGUUAUAUACGUCUCUGCACUUACCAAAUUUCAGUUCUUUAAUCAUGUCAGUGUCGCUCAAUUCAAUUCAACGUAUUAA